AUGAAACGGAACAUUGCGGUCUUCUUUGGAGCCCUUUUUGGUGCCCUAGGAGUUCUGCUCUUUUUGGUGGCUUUCGGGUCAGAUUAUUGGCUGCUUGUGACUGAAGUUGGGAAAUGUUCAGGUGAACAUAAUGUAGAGAAUGUCACUUUCCACCAUGAAGGUUUCUUUUGGAGAUGUUGGUUUAGUGGCAUUGCUGAGGAAAACACAGCCAACAUUUGGAAAUUCUGGUACACAAAUCAAUCACCAUCUAAGAACUGUACACAUGCUUACCUCUCCCCAUAUCCCUUCCUGAGAGAUGAGCACAAUUCGACCUCCUAUGACUCUGCAGUCAUUUAUCGUGGUUUCUGGGCAGUGUUCCUUCUCCUUGGUGUCAUGGCGGCGAUAAUCGCUACCUUCUUCAUUAUCUGCGCUGCUCCCUUUGCCAGCCAUAUUCUGUUUAAAGCAGCAGGAGGAACCUUUAUCACUGCUGGUAUCCUGUUCUCCCUGGUGGUGGUGUUAUAUGUCAUCUGGGUCCAGGCUGUGGCAGACAUGGAAAGCUACACAAAUAUGAAGAGGAAAGACUGCUCAGAAUUUACACCCUACGUCAUGUACGGCUGGUCAUUUCUGCUGGCCCCAGCUGGGAUAUUUUUCUCUUUGUUGGCUGGAUUACUAUUCCUCCUUGUGGGGAGGCAUAUUCACAUAUACUCCUAA